GCUAUUUAGCUUAGCAGGCUGUCGACUGAACACAGCAAGCCGUAUAUGCAGCAUCUAGCCGUCUGCUUUUACGCUAUCACUAAGACUUAACAUUAGUGUGUCUUCGUUUAAAUCACAUGUAUUUCAUGUCAUAGGUUUAUGUCUACUCUGCACGCCUUUUGCUUGGUAAACACAAGUGUUUCAACAAGUACAGAUGUUGCGUUGCCUUAGAAACGCAGUGUAACGUGACACUGUCUGUCCUGAGCCGAGACGAACAGCAAGGAGUGUAUUAGACUUCUUAGCACAAGAGAUGAAAAAGAAACACUAAACGUCUGACAUUUUAUGUCCGUCACUCUUAAAUGCUGGAGAGGACCAUCAUGUCAUCUGACCUGCUGGUGGACCUGCACGAGGAUCUUGGAGGGGACGACUCUCCUAGCGCUGCUCUGGACCAGCUCAAACUGGUACAGGACAAACAGUGGCCGCCCGAUGACCCUGUUAGCCUGAGCAAAUCUGCUUCAGAUAUUAAAAGUCUUGGUGGCAUCACACACCUGCCCUGGGACGACCCCUUCUAUGACAUCGCAAGACAUCAGAUCGUGGAGGUUGCAGGUGAUGAUAACUUUGGUCGGAAGGUCAUUGUUUUUAACGCUUGUCGCAUGCCCCCCCAACAUCAGCUGGAUCACCAUAAACUACUCAUGUAUUUGAAGCAGACUCUUGAUAAGUAUGUGGAGAGUGAUUAUACACUCAUCUACUUCCAUCAUGGUCUGACCAGUGAGAACAAGCCCUCUCUCAGCUGGCUUCGAGAUGCCUACCGGGAGUUUGAUAGGAAGUAUAAGAAAAAUAUCAAGGCGCUCUACAUUGUCCAUCCCACCAUGUUUAUCAGAACUAUCCUUAUACUCUUCAAACCCAUCAUCAGCUUUAAGUUUGGCCGUAAAAUAAAUUACAUAAAUUACUUGAGUGAGCUGGAGGAGAUUAUGAAGUGUGAUCAACUGGUGAUUCCCAACAGAGUCAGAGAGUAUGACGAUAAGAUCCGUCUGUCUCUGAAGCCGUCUGCUAUCCCUGGACCAAUAUCUCCUCCCCGUAGUCCUCCCCUCCCUUUCCAGCAGUUUGGUGUACCACUGUCAACAUUGAGACAAAAGGCAGCAGACUCUGAGCUAAUUCCACUAGUGAUGCGUGACACCAUUGGAUAUCUGCAGGAGCAUGGUCUGCAGACAGAGGGAAUAUUUCGGCGCUCUGCCAAUGUUUCUCUGGUUAAGGAUGUAAAGCUGAAAUAUAACUCGGGCGAGGAAGUGAGUUUCUCUCAGAUGGAUGAUAUCCACUUGGCAGCUGUGAUCUUGAAGACAUUCCUCAGAGAACUGCCAGAGCCACUUCUGACCUACCAGCUCUACAAUGACAUUGUCAAUUUCCACAAUGUUGACAGUAAGUCUCGGGCAGAAACAAUUCGGAACAUGUUGCUGUCCCUUCCUGAGGAGAACUAUGCAUCUCUCCACUUCCUUAUACAGUUCCUUGCUCAGGUGUCUGCUGAGAGUGAAAUCAAUAAGAUGACCAAUGUCAACCUGGCUGUGGUGUUUGGGCCUAACUUGCUCUGGGGGCAAGAUGCAGCCAUGACACUCAGCGCAAUCGGACCAAUCAACAACUUCACCCGCAUCCUGCUUGACCUACAUCAGGAGGUCUUUACCCAGUGAGCAGCAGCAGAACUUUGACUCCAUACCCUUUUGUUGCCCCUCCCCAUUCCAAAGGUUCACUCAUCUGUUGCCGUGUCCCAUCCCUAGUGUCUUUCUCAGUGUUGUCAAAUGCACGAGAAUGUUAACUGGGUAAAGCUAUGCAGGAAGAAUAAGAGGGUUGGUUGAAGUGGACAUUCUGUGAUCAGAUUCUGACAAUCAGUUUCUUUUCUCUCCUGCAGAAAUCAUGUAGCUACUGUCAGUCAUUAUGAUACUGGACAGACAGAAGAAUUUUAUCAGGUCUGUUAGCAGAGACCUAAAUCAAUGAACCAACGAUCAAAACAGGUUGCAGUUUUUGGGGCUUACAUUGUGGUAGAUAUUCAGCUGUAGGAUCAGUUUGAAUUAAUUUCAGUUGGUCUUUCAAGGGGUACACUUUUAAUCAAUUUUAGAGAACAUGCACGUCCUCUUAUUUGUAAGUCAUAGAUAGCACAAGCUAUGGAUCAGUAAAAAGCACUACUACUUAAACUUUUAACACUUCUUUUAAACAUGUUUAUGUCCUCUGACAUAAAGUAUAUGUUAUGUUUUGUCUUAAAGAGCUUUCAUUUAAUUUUCAUUUAUAUUAUCAUAUCCUGAUUCCUGAAUAAUAUUAUUAUUUCUAAAAUUUUAUCGCUAUCACCUCCACAGCAUAUCUCUUUUGUUGUCUCAGUGGUUCCAGGAACAGGGCAGAUGCUGUAUGGCAAGCACAAUAUCACUACAUAUGUUCUUAUGACUCACAGAAGCUUUUGAAGCCUGAUGCUUACACUGAUCAUGAGAAGCAGUCUGGCAUGAAUUCUUGUUCAAUCUGAAUUCUUGAUAAUGCAGUAUAUAUAAAUACCUGCCAACAAUCCCCCAAGUUGUGUGUGUGUGUGUGGUCUGUUUAGUAAUGCUGUUGUGUUAUUCUACCGACUUAUUUAUUUUGGCCAAAGAUUAUAUUGUUACAAUGUUUAUGUGAUACAUUUUAUUUGGUACUAGAAGAUGUUCAGCCUGUCAAAGACCGUGCCAUUGUACAUGGGCUCAUUUGAAACAAAAGCCCAAAUCUAGGUUGAAAAAGCAAAGAAUCGUUUGAUGUCAUUUUGUCCUCUUGGUGAAAUUGUUGGUGUUUUAUCAAUGAGAAAACAUAUCAUUGUGUGAUACAAGUUACUACUGGUGUCUGUGUACAUAAACACAAAGUACAGCAACAUUCAGUAUUUAUCACAGGGCUCUGUAUAAAUAAGAAUUUUUUGAUAGAAGGAAAUGAAACAGUCACAAAGGAUGGUUGUUUCAUUGAUCUAAACGUCCAAAAGAACCAUAAAGCAGGUACAUGCUAAAUGUUUAGCACUAAUGAUUUAAGUGUCAUAUGCCUUGAUUAUUGAAUUGUAACUGUUUACCGUGUCAUGUAAACGUCCUAUCAAUGUCAGUACAUCGGAGCAUUGACAAGUGGACCAGUGGCUUAAAUAGUUUUAGCAAAACUCCCUCAAACCCACAUGUCUGUGUGCCUUACUGGAAUGAACUGGCGAUGAUAUUUGCUGUUUAAUUCCCCUUCUCUGGUCGGAUCUGUGAACUUUGUGCCAUUUUGUUGUAUCUGUAUCCAAAUGCCUACCUGUUUACUUGUACUGUAGACACGUAUUUCUGGUUUCCAGGUGAAACUUUGCAUUACUUCUUUUGUGAAGGUUCUUUUCUUCCAUUUUGGCUGUUAAAAGGUAUUCCUUUACUUUUGAAAUCCUUACUUUUGUAUACCACGUGGUGAAUUCAGAGUAAUAAACUGUUAGAGAUUGUGUAA